AUGGCUUCAGCUGUUGCUGCUCUGAAAAAAGCCUUGCUCGUCGCCGUGUGCGUCAUGCUGCUGCUCCACUCUUCCAUGGGACAGCAGCCACCGACGACGUCGCCCGCAUCCACUCCCCCUUACACGGGCCAGCAGCCACCGCCGCCCUCGCCACCGCCGGUGGUGCCAGCGCCCACGCCGACGCCGACGCCGACGCCAGUGCCAGCGCCCAUGCCGACCCCGACGCCUGCGUCGCCAGCGCCGUCACCCAUCAGCAAUUGCACCUAUAGUGACUGCGCCUCGCAAUGUACUCCGUCUUGCGAAGCCGGUUACCACCCCAGCAACUGCACGAGCUUGGCCGAAGGCGUCUUCAACGGGUGCUAUGAGAGCUGCACCAACCAUACCUGCCCUGGCAAGUCCUGUGUCCAUAGUGGCUGCGGCGUCGGCACCUGUUCCUGCGACAACCCCCACGCAGUCAGCUGCUGUGAAUCAUGCCGUAACGCUGUUUACCCAGCCGUGGGUAGUGCGGUACAACGAUGCCAGAGUUACAAUGAAAGGUGCUCCAAGAACUGUACCCAGCAGGGCGCGUAA